AUGAAUCAUGAAACACGCAAUAAAAGUCAGGAAAAAAUGGAUAAAAUUGCAAGGAUAAGAUUGAUGGUCUUGAAUGAAAUUGUUUCUACGGAACAAGUUUAUGCUAAAAAUUUGCGAUUUCUGGUGAAGGUAAAAGAGAUUUUAUUGGCUCGGUCCAGUAAAAAGUUAACCAGCUGCAUAUCAAUCAGUGAAGUAGAAUCUCUGAUGGGCAAUGUUGAAGAAUUAUAUCAAUUAAGUUGUAAAUUAUUGCAUGAUAUGAAUGAAAAGAACGACGACAAAAAUUCUAUUGCAAAUACUUUUUUUAUAUUUGCUAAAGAUUUAAAAAUUUAUGCAAGCUAUUGUAAUAGUCAUGAAGUAGCUAUCGGAUUUCUUGAAGAUAUUCUGAAAGAUCAGCUCAAAAGUGAUAACGUUAAGUCAUGUGUAGAACAAGCAGCCAAAGUGGAAGGUAUGGAAAAAGUAACUAAAGGGAAGGAAAUUGACUAUCUUGCAAGCUGCCUUGUUACUCCUGUACAACGUAUUUGUAAAUAUCCUUUACUUUUCAAGGAGCUACUAAGGCUAACGCCUGAAAGUCACGUAGACUACCAAACGGUACUAGAUACAUUUCAGGAAAUUAAAAAUGUUUGCUCAGAAGUCAACGAGAUAAAGCGACAACUGGAAGAAUUAGAGUCCCUUGAAGAGUUGGUUGCCUCUAUAAAAGGGUGGACGGGAUUGGAUUUUAGUAAAAAAGAGGUUAAAAUACUGAAAAAAGGAUCUUUAAUGAAAUUGACACCCCAUGGAGCUGAAGAACUUUAUUUUAUUUUAUUUAAGAAGCAAUUAAUAUGUUGUAAAAAGGAAAGUAGAAGCCUAUCUCAACGUGUUGCUAACGUAACGUUGGGUGCAACAGAAUAUACUUAUCGCGGUAAAAUUAUGACACGGGGGAUGAAUAUAGAAAGCGUAAAGGAUGGCAAAGUUCUAGAUAAGCUUGGUAACCAUAAACCGGUAUAUAACGCCUGGAAAAUAUAUAAUAUGUCAAAAGGCAAGUGGAUAACAGUUUAUGCAAGUUCUCAAGAAGAAAAGAAUUUAUGGUUAGAGGCUUUAACAAGCAUAAAUGCUAAGCGACCUAAUGCAACUGGCAGUAGUGCACCUCGCGAGAAAUAUAUAUCCAGGAGAUUAGUCAUCAAAGCCGAGCAAAUCUAUCAAAGAAUACAUGCAGAAAGUGAUUCGAUUAUACGUUAUCGAACUAAAAAGGAUAAAGUUGGUGUAGACAAAUGCUUUACUGGGAGCGAUCUUGUUUCUUGGCUGAUGAAAAAUGAUUUAUCAUCUACUGUCGAAGAAGCAAUUAAAUUAGGUCAAACAUUUCAAGAAUGCAACUUAAUCCAUCAUGUGGAUGAUCAAAUUCAAUUUGAUAACCAUGAUUAUUGGUAUCGAUUCCGCUAUGAUGAUGGCACAUAUGAAGAUGCUACCGCACCGUUGGAUGCCUUAUCCAUUUCUGCAUUAAUAUACUUUCGCUUACAUGGGAUGCUUAAGCCUACAUUGAAAAAUUACAAGGAUAAACUGAAGGUUUUCCCUCAAUCUGUGACCGGUAUUAAGUUAGUUAAUUGGCUAAUAGAACAAGGCGACGUUGACACAAGGGAAGAAGGGUGUGUAUUAGGCCAGUUGUUGUGCGAAACGAAAUAUCUCCGACAUGUUGAAACAAUUCCAGUCCCAACUCAUCUUAAUAGUGAACAUCCGGAAUUACUUAGAACUCGAUCCUUAACAAGUUUAAUAAGUGAAGACAAUACUGGUUUUGAUACAUCUUCUGUUUACUUUGAUGACAUCGAUCAAGUUGAUGAUGAAUCAUACAAGGAGAGUAGAGAUCGCUUUGAAUCUACGAGUACCGGCAACAGUAUGCCAAGGCAAUUUUACCGCCGAGUUAGUAGCAUAAGCAGUGGAUCUUAUAGCAGUUUGAUAGAAAAUACAGCUGAAAGUCUUGGUGAUGAAGCAAGCCUUAAAGAUAGUGGCUAUUCACGAGAACGCCAUCAUAGCAUAUUCAGUUCUGAUUCUGAUAUAUCAAGUGUCGUUAGUCUGUCUACGGAAAUAUCUACUAAUUACGAAUACUUAACAAUUGACAAGAAGCCUUGUCAACUUCAAGAAAGAGUAACCGAAAGUGAUUUAACUACAUCAGUACCAGCUGAAUUGUAUUAUCAUUUUAGUUAUAUUGAUGAGCGCUUACUGCAAGAGUUGGAAUCAAUUGAGGUUGAAUUUAUUACUCCAAAUGACAAAGAAGAUGAUGUCUCUACUAGUGAAGACUCCAGUAAAUCUGAUUUAGCUCGACAGCAGUUGAAGGCAAUGAAAUUGUUAGGAGCAGAUGAAAUGGUUAAUAAAGAAAAAAGUGGAAUACGACGAAAACUUUUAAAGUCCUUCAGUAAAACCAAAAAGAAAGCAUCGCCUGAGAUGGAAUUUUCAUCCGCUUUCCCGGAUCAAGCUGCUAAACUUCUUGGUGUUAGUAACGCAGAAACUAUACCCUCUAAGAGUAGUAGUCCAAUCGGUGACCAAAUGAAAAGGUCAAAAUCAUGGGCUAACAGCUAUACAAAUUUCCUCUCUACUAUCAAAGAACGGAUUGAUAAUUAUCGGGAGUCUGCUAGCUCGUUAAAUUGCAUUAAAUGCCAAGGAGAAGCCAAACAAGAGAAUAAUAAUCUGAUUGCUCGGUAUCCUUUCUGUCCACUGCGUUGCUAUUUGCAUGAACUGGAAGUUUACUGCUCUACGAAUUACCGGCCGUCAUUAGUACCGGAAACGCAUAAUGGGGAAGAUAUCGAUUAUCUCCAUUUGAAAGAAUUUACUUAUCCAGUUGAUGGACUGCUAGUUACUCGAACAAUCCAUUCCAAGACUGGGAUGGCCAUUCCAUCAGGUGUUAUGCAAGGAUUCCAUGCAGGCGGCUUAAAGCGCUUAUUACGUGGCAAGCAAGAUUUUGUUGCUAAGUGUCGCCAUAUGCUGAACCAAAUAAGGAUUUUUCUCAAUGAAAUGGAUAACGCAGACAAUAACGGUUUAAAAGAAAGAAAUAAGUGCAAUUCGUUUAUGGAUAUGAUAGAGAAGUUAAAUGCUAUUGUAUCGUCAAAUCAUAUUAAACUAAUCUUUCAGCAAACCGAAUCUAAUCGACCUUUACUGCUGUCAGAGGUUAAUAGGGACUUCACUACCAUUAGUACGGAAUUAAUCGCUUUACUUAACCAAGUUGAUAAAGAUACCGAAGAAAAUUUCAACUGUAUAGAGACUUUUAAUAAGAAAGUAGAGAAGCUUAAGCAAUCUCUAAGAGAGGUUCGAUUACGAUUACUUAUGACCAUCUUUAGCGAUGAAAAUACAAAAUGUGUCGAGAGACGCGAUGCGGUUUUCAGUCAAGCUUUAACGGCUGUAUUAUCUACAUUCAUUUCGCAAUUAUACUCUGCUAUCCACGAUAUAUAUAAUAACUUGCAAGAAUACACUACCGACAGCGAAGCUACUAGUGCGAAAUGGUUACAGCAACUUAGUAAAAUUGGACUACUAGUCUACUUUCAAGCUUUAUUAUCAUCACGAACAGGCAGUGAAACUGCAAUGCUAGAAGAUAUGUCGGUAGCUAUUCAAGAUCUUUCGAAAAUUGCUAUUCGAUUUAAAUUAUUGGACGAUAGUAUGUUCAACACAGCUGAUGAAUAUCAAGUGGUAUUUGAAGGAGAUAGAUCAGACCUGGAUGUGAUAAUAAACUUGGGCGAAAAUUUAUUCCAAAAGCUACCAGACGCUUUGCAGCGAGGCCAAAGUGUGCAAGUUACUCCGGUUUUGUUUACGCAUGGAUUAGAAAAAGUUGAAGAUAAAACCGAUCCGGAAAACUCCUUAGCCAUUCAUAUGCAAACUGCAAUUAAUACUGACUCGUUGAAGUCGUUACGCAAGUAUUAUAGAAAAUUUAAAAACGCCAUAUUUGAUACAAAACAUUUGCCAAGAUCGUCACAAGUUGUCUGUUUUCAUAGACUAUAUCGUCCUCUUUAUACAGCUGAGAAGCUAAUUAAACUGCUAGACAAGUGCAUCAUGGAUGCGUCGAUGGGACAAGAUAACGCUAACAUCUUGUUACUUUCAUCAGAAGCGGCAGCUAGAAUAGGAGCUAUACAAAUUGUUGGUUGCCGCUCUGGAGCUGAAAGAACGUUGGCAGCAAUCACAAUGGAACAAGCAUAUUUGCUAUGUCGUAGCUAUGAACUUCCACCAGAGUUAACAAAUCAUGUUAUUAAAUCGUUUCGAAAUCGAGGUACUAGUUCUCAAAUGCUGAGUGGUUCAAGAGUGAGAAAUGAUUCUAAUUUGCCAAGGUAUGAUACCUUCUCGAUUGUAAAAUCAUAG